AUGAAAAUUUGGGUAGGGCUAUUAUUGACUUUUGUGCUGGGAAGUAUAGAAAAAGGCUUCCAUGACGUGUCAAUUGAUCUUACAGAUGAAAAUUUCGAACAUGAAACCCAAGCUUCUACAGGCGCGACAACUGGGGACUGACUGGUUUUAUUUUACAGGCCGAGCUGCUGUGGAAAAUUUUUGGACGAAUGGAAGAUUUUGGCCGAAAAAGUGAAAAAAGAUCAAGAUUUGACUGUGAACAUCGCAAAGGUAAACUCUGUAGAAAACACAGAGCUUUUAAAGAGAUUUGAGAUAUCAGAGUUUCCAACUUUUCUGCUGUUUAGACAAGGAGUAGUUUAUAAUAUUGUUAGAAAAGAAAAUGAAGACUUUUUCUUAAACAUGCUGAAAACUCAAAGCUAUAAGGAAUUCCCACACAAGCCAGUGCCUCAGCCUAUCUCUUUUGUUGAAAAAGCUAGCGAAUAUAUGUCUCAGCUCCCUAUUUAUUAUCAUUCUGUAUGGGCAGUUCCUUUAUUAGCCAUUUUUUGGUGUUUUCUUCAACCCUCCAAGGCUGAAGCCACAAAGCCAGAGUCUCCUGACCGUUCUUCAUCCCCUAAGCGUCAUAGAGAAUAA